AUGGUGUGUGAGUAUCAUAAGACACAUGGGCACAGAACUGAAGAUUGUCGCCAGUUAAGGGAGGAGGUGGCUCGUUUAUUGAAAAAUUGCCACCUUCGAGAAUUUAUGAGUGAACGAGCCAAAAACCACUACAAAGAAAGGGAGAGUCACAAACGAGUUGAACCGGUGGAACCUCAACAUAUGAUCAAUAUGAUAAUUGGGGGAACAGAUGCUCCACGAGGUUCGGUCAUGAAAAGAACAAAGGUCUCAAUUGUACGAGAAAAGCGCACCCGGGACUACGUACCCGAGGGCUCUAUCUCCUUCAGUAACGAGGAUGCAGAAGGUAGUUCAGCCAACAUCAUCCGUUGGAGAGUGGUCGACCAACUGAGGCUGCUCGACCAGAUUGUGCCGGUAGCCCGAGUACUCAGCGGGUUCAAUAUGGCCAGCGAAACUAGGAAGGGCGAAAUGUCUUUGCCGGUUAACAUUGACGGCACCAUACAGCAGACGGUGUUCUACGUCAUCAAGGGAGAUAUGAAGUAUAAUGCUUUGCUCGGUAGACUAUGGAUUCAUAGCAUGAGAGCAAUACCAUCGACACUGCAUCAGUUGUUAAAGUUCCCAACUCCGGAAGGGAUAGAAACUAUCUGA